GUUUCAUACCAUUCAUUUACCAACAACAACAACAAGAAUGCAAACGCUUAGGUCAAGCGUGUGCCAGAAUAAGGGCGUAAGUCGCAUGAUCGAUUUCUCUUCAUCGAUCCUCUCUCUUGUGAAUAAAAGUGACAAAAAGCAAGUUUGUUCGCACUUUUUCUUUUUAGAUCGAUUGGCAGCGAUGCAAUCUUGUGUCAUGAGGUGAAAAAAUGAUGACAAACUUGCAUCUUGUCACCUUUUUAUUCACAGAAGAGAGAAUCGAUGAAGAGAAAUCGAUCAUGCGACUUGCGCCUUUAUUCUAGCGCACGCUUGAGGUAAUGCACCAAAGGCUUCAGUCGUUCAGUCCGCAUGACCCAGCUUUUGGGUUUUAGAAGUGGGCGGUGCUAAGGUUGGGUGCGGAAACACUGUCCACAGUUUGUUUGUAAACAAAACGCAUAUCAUUGGAAGCCUUGGAAGUCUGUAGUCACUCUUAAUUUCAAAAUUUUAAAACUGGUAAAAUAACUGAGAAUUAGAUGAUCAAUCAAUUUAUCAAUGCGAUUAUAAGUGUAUUAAUUGUCUAAGAACACCAAAGCGAUGUCAAAACGUUGCUGUGCUGCUUCCUGUUACAAUUCUGUGGCAACAAAUCGUUCGGUUGAAUAUUUUGGAUUUCCGAAAAGUAAUGAAUAUGCUGCAGCAUGGGCCAAAGCGGCUGGUCGCGAAGAUCUGCUAGAGAAGAGUCUCUGCAAUAUCAUCAAAUAUUACCUCUGUUCGGAACAUUUCUCCGAUGAUUGCUUCCAAGAUCCACCACACAACAGGAAACUGAGGAAAACUUCCCGCCCUGUCGUGGUUCCGAUUCCUACCAUUUUCCACAACAACUUUAACGAAUGUGUAUCGAAAUCACUGAAAGAGGAAAAAACCGACCAGCCAACGGAGAUUCUGGUACUGAAUACCUUGGAACUUGCACAGGAACCAAUGUCCAAUGACAUCAUUGAUAGAAGAAGGGCGAUGAAUGAAGCGGAUGAGGUCCAAGCGAUGGAACCAAUCAUUUUGGAAGCAAUAGAUGACAAUUUGGUGCCAACCGACAUCGAGGUGGUGCAUUAUGAUGGCUUGAAAGUAGAGGAGGAUCACACCCUGACCGAUAUGGACGAAGAGCAAAUACAGUUCCAACCAGAGGACGACACAUUCGAAAGGAUAUCCUCCUAUACUGAAAUCGAUAUUGGCCCUACCAGUUGUCGGCUGUGUCUUGCAAUCAAGAAAAACGAACUGUUCGUUCCGAUAUUUGAAUAUGGAAGUGAAGCAGCAUAUAUCCUGGAAGCGCUGCUACCGGGGGCGGUGAAACCAGACGAUGGAUUACCUCAACAAAUUUGCCUAGCCUGUCUUGAAAGUGCAACCAGAUGUCUCAGCACGAUAGAAAAGUUCAAAGCAGUACAAGACAAGCUAAAAGAGUUACAAUAAUUAAGGGAUUUCUUUUUAUUCUAUCCGAAAUUUUCAAAAAAAAAACUAAGAUUAAUCAAAAUUAUUUAUAAAACACAUAAAGCUAAAGUUUCAAAUCCACUAACUGUCCUUUUUCAGUUAUGAUAUAUUCUGUUUGUUCUCAUCCUGAUUUGCAUUUUUAUAUUCGUUUACUUUUGCUUGAACGAAUUUUAAACAAAAUUGUAAAAAAA